AUUCCACCCACUCUCCCCCCAAAAAUAUACUAGCAAUUUCAACUGCACUUCCUCUAACUUCCUCAUGCAAUGCACACAGAUGAAUAAGCAAUAAAUGAGACCUAUGCACUGGCAAAGUUAGCCUACACAGACCAUGUUGAAAUUUCAUAAUUUAUGAGGUCCUCAUGCAAUCAUUCCACCGUUGCAUUGUUAAAGCACCUCUGUUGAGGCCACCCUAUUAAUAAAAGGCCACUGCAGCAAGAAUCUGAAGCAUAAGAGAAAGGGAAGUGUAUAAUGAGCAGUCAAAGUUGGAACAAGUGCAAUCUGCCCCACAAGGAUUGAUAAGGAAAAAUGUGGACUUCAGUGGUUGUGAUCCCAACAUCAUUCUCUUGGCUGUGGAACCAGAUCCGUUGGAACAACCUCACAAUGUUGUUCAUUUCUGCCACUCUGCUUGCUCUUGCCCUGCUGUUGGAGUCUAUGACGUGGAGGAAGAGAUGUAAUCGCUAUCCUCCAGGACCUACCCCUCUGCCUUUCAUUGGGAACUUGCUGGAGUUUGACAGAAGAAAUCCACACAAAUGUGUUCUACGUCUGGUGGAAAGAUACGGACCAAUCUUAUCAGUCCAGGUUGGAUGGAAAAAAAUUGUAAUACUUAGUGGGUUCCAGACAAUAAAAGAGGCACUGGGACAAAAAACUGAGAACUUUGCAGAGCGAUCAUCAAUACCCUUGCUGAGCAUAAUAGGCCGUGGAAAGAACUGUGAAGGAAUCAUUAUGGCCACAAGUGACAAUGGCUGGAGGGAACAGAAACGAUUCUGUGUCUCCAACCUGAAAAAACUUGGAAUGGGGAAGAAAACACUUGAAAAGAGAGUGUGUGAAGAAGCUGGAUAUUUGUGUGCUGAGUUGAAAUCUCAAGAAGGUUUUCCUUUUGAUCCACAUGACUUCAUCUACACUGCAGUUGGCAAUAUUACCUGUACAUUAGUAUUUGGUGAUCCCUUUGACUAUCACAGUAAAAGCUUCCUAUCGCUUAUGCAUUUGACUGAAGAGAUCAUGCAGGGAGCAACCAACAUCUUGCCUCUGUUUUUUACUUAUACAUCCUGGUUCUCCUAUCUUCCUGGACCUCAACAAAAAUUGAAGAAAGACUGGGAUGAUUUCAGUACAAUUAUAAAAGAGAUUGUGAAUGAACAUAAGAAAACGAGAGACACCAACAAUCCAAAAGAUUUGAUUGAUGCGUUUUUGGAGGAGAUCGAAAAGGCUGAAGGGAACACAGAGACCAGUUUCAAUGAACAAAACCUCAUUCAACUUCUUCUUGACAUAUUUGCAGCAGGCAUUGAAACCACAUCUGCCACCCUCAGCUGGGGGAUUCUUUUCAUGGUCCUUCAUCCUGAAGUUCAGAAAAAAGUCCAUGAAGAAAUUGAUGCAAAGAUUGAUGGAGUGAAAUCAGUCGUGAUGGAGGACCGGUCAAAUCUACCGUAUACUACUGCCGUGAUCCAUGAAAUUCAGCGUUAUGCUGAUAUUGCACCAGUUACAUUUCCUUAUGAGGCAUGCAAUGAUACUGAAGUUGGCGGGUUUCUCAUCCCUAAGGACACUGUGGUCCUAAAUCAUUUGUCUUCUGUGCUGAAGGAUGAAACCAUGUGGGAGAAGCCACAUGAAUUUUACCCAGAGCAUUUCCUCGAUGCAAAUGGACAAUUUGUCAAGCGAGAAGCCUUCCUCCCUUUUUCUCUAGGUCGCCACGCUUGCUUUGGAGAACCUUUGGCUAAAAUGGAGCUCUUCAUCUUCUUCACCAACCUUAUGCAACAUUUUACUUUUUGCAUUCCUGAAAACACCCCUAGACCCUCAGAGGAAAGGAUAUUUAGAUUGACAGUCUUCCCAUUACCAUACCAGAUCUUUGCAUUUCCCAGAUAAUGGUUGAGAUCCUGUGAUGUUGCACAUAACACAAUAUUUUGGCACAUGGAAUUGCCCUAUAGCUUCCCCGUCACCAGCCCUGAGACUCACCCUGCCAUUCUGAUAGACCUUCCCCCAGCUAUUCCAUUAUUGGGAAAGAAUGGGGAGGAUCUGAGAAGCAUUUGGCAACGUUCCUAUUGCUAAAUUCAAGGAAAUCUUAUGCUAAGCUCCGCAGGAGUUUUGUGGACCUUUGAUGCAGAUGAUGUCAUUAGUUUGCAUCUGGCUAUGGAAACAGGGUCAGAUACUUCUCGGAUCACCUCCAGUUUCCACCAGCAGUAGAUAAGGAUUGGUUUCAGAAUAGCACAGUGAAUCUUGUAGCGACUUUAAUUGUUGCAGAGGGAGGAAGGGAAUACCAAUGACCUCUACAUCGAUCAAAGAACUACAUACAAAAGUAUAAGCUGUAGUUAUUUAUUUGUUGAAGUUAACAAUAUUAAAGAUUGGUAAAA